AUGACGUUUGAUGUUUCACAGAACCCAAAAGAUGACGAUAUCGAAACUGAAACGGCUAUGGAUAAAACCACAAUUGCGAGCGGACUAGCUGCAGCAUUGCUCAUACAAUAUGAAAGGCGCUGCCGACUGCCAUUGGCAGUGUCGAUCGUUCCGGCAGUAACUGUUGCCGCAUGGCAUGUAUUACCGGGUGAUGGACCUACCACACGAUAUGUUGUUGUGGAUGUGACGAAUAGUACUGAGUGGGAUGCCGAAUUAACGUAUGGCAAGGAUCGUGUGAUCGGUGUGCAACCGAAGGAGUUCUGCAGGGUGCCGCUGCUCUGCGAGUGCUGUUCAGAUGUGGCAUCCAAUGCAUUUCAAGAAGCGGCCAGUCGUGCAUCACAUAUGAUGCAAAUGCAAGAAAUGGAACGUUUGCGCCAAAUUUUGGAACGUCAUGUUUCCUGGCAUCUGGAUAUUUGUUGGUCGAUUGCUAGUUCACGUCUUUCUGGAUCUGUUCCUGUUGGGCCGUUGCUGUCUUCUGUGUCGCUUCUCAAACAACUUGUUAUACCAGUGAUUUCUAUUGAGGUCAGUGUCAAUGGAGUGCCGUAUCUGAGUGAGGAUGAAGUAGCUGUUGGUAUUGGUGAAUUAACUGAACUCAGUUUGCGACUGGUGUCUCCUACGAAUGUUACCGCAUUUUCGUUCGUCGUAUUUUGCGUUCCAUAA